CUCUCUCUCUCUCUUUCUGAUCUUUUGGCUAUUCUCAUCAUCGGAAAUGACGCGUGACACCCAAUUCCCGUGGGACCCCGAAGGUGUAUGCAUGCGAUUCAAAUCGAAGCCUCCGCCGGAGGAAUCUCGCACUUGCGGCACGUGCGUUACGCCUAGGCACGUGCCCUGUCUUUCGGUACCUCCCGAAACCCUAGCAUCUACUUUACAGUUGCUUUGUCCUGAUUGUUCUGGUGAAAGCGAUCCUCUUCCUGUUUCCCGCGUUGCGGCCGGGUAUGGAGCUGUUUGUUCAGAUCUUGUAGCGGCGAUCCACGCAAUUGAGGCAGAUGGAACUACACCAUGUUGGCACAACGCUUGCUUGAUAUGUUUCUUGAAGUGGAUGGGUCAGAGAAACCGCAGUUGUGGGACAUGCCGCAGCGUAGUUCCUAAAAGCAUGGCAAGCAAUCCCUAUAUCAACUUCUCCAAUGUGUCUGCAAUUAGGAUAGCAAGAGUCUCUAGGCUGAUGCGAGUACUUCAAAAGUUGUUCACUUCAUCAGCAAUGAAGACCUGGGGGCUCACUUCCCACCUUUGUCUGGAAUUGGUGGACAUGCUAGUUAUGGAGCUCGUUGUGCUCUCCGGAGGUUAUGAGGAUGACGAGGAUCAUGGAGAAUGGUUUCAAUACGCAGGAAGGUUAGUUUCUCCUUCUCAGCAAAAUAUUUUUGGUUCUGAAGCAACAAAAGUCCCUCAAGACUCGGAGAAAUGCAAUGCAGCGAAGAGAGUAAAGUGUAAAAGCAAGAACACUAAUGAUGUGGUUAUGGAGGAGUGACCUGAUGUAAUGGUUAUGAGUGUUCGAGAUGAUGAUUUCUACAACUUUAAAAAGUACCGGAUGGAAGCUUUGUUUGGAGAAAAAGGUAUAGGCUGCUUAUGAUGAUUACAUAAUGCCCCGGUGGUAUGUACUGGUCAAAAGGUUGUGUCUUAAUAACUGUUCAAAAUGUGU